AUGUUUGUCCGCAUGACGCGGAGCACCUCACACCUCGACGACGAUCUGGACGUCUAUGUAUUCGUAGUCGUCUCCAGGAAAUCGAAGACCAACCUCACCAACAAGCUGAGUCACCAGUUUCUUGCAAGGCAUAGGGACUGGCGGCUCUGCGGAAUGGGCCAUGUUUUCCUCUGGCUUCAUUUCAUCUACGACCUCGUUCCUCUGCGAUACGGCCCCGGUAUCGUCGAGCCUCUCGAUUUUUUCGAACCGCUCAAGUGGACUAAAGCGCACCUCUUCUUUUCCUUGAAGAAGAAGAAGGACAAGGGAAAGCAGAAGCAAGAUGAGAUGCACUACAAAACGCACUGCACCUGGAUUAAAUGGGCCAUCGACAAGGCAAAAUGGAUUCUGAGCAAGGUGACACAUGCGUUCCGCAGAUCUGGAGCGCAACAACUCCAUGACGACGGUUGCUCCGACAACGAUAUCGGCACUCUGGGCGGAUGGGAGCUGGGCGAGAUGCGGAGGUCUUGUGUGUUUGGCAUUCCGUUCAAGCCGGUUUGGCUUCUGGCUGGAUUCAGCGGGGAUCGUGGAGAUUACUACAUCGGCAGAGCCCGCGCUAAGCUUCCGCGCCAUGAGGAUAAAGAGAAGGAUGAGUGGUUGCAGCUGCUGGAUCUCAUGAGGCAGAACAUCUUUCCCUGGAUCGAGGAGGAGUGGAAGAAGCCAAGCUACAUCAUGGGCGGCAUGUCAUUGAGCGAUGUCUUCGCAGAGUUUGACCGGGAUAAAAACAAGAACAACAGCUUCUUCACCGCAUAUGCCCGGUUCGCGGCUAAAGGUGUGGCCCCGAUGUGUCCGUCUGCAUGCGAGCGGAAGAUGCGUCGCGUGCAGCUUGUCAUGAAAGCCGUGGAGACAUUCAGAGCUGACAGUUCCGAGGCGGCGACCGCAACGGCUGUUAAGCUGCUCGACGAUGUGUUCCUCUUGUGCAACUUCACCGAAUUCACCAACGGUCUGGCGGUGCUGCAUGAGACUCCACCCAACAAGAAACAGAAAACCGGGUCGUCGACCAAGAAGAGGACCCACAACGACUUGCACCAACGCAGAGUGAGCUGGCUGAUAGUCAAAAUGGGGCUGCGCGACGAAGAGUGGGGAACGGCGCUGUUUGGGGAUGCUGAGUGGGGGGUGAUCAACAAGGAAGAGCUGGCGAAGGUUUUGGCGGAAGAGGAGAAAAGACGAGCUGCAGAGGCGAAGAAGGCGGAACGGGAAAAGGCAAAGGCGGCUGCGUCGAAACCUUAG